AACUAAAUCUAGAUAACCAUGCUUAUUAUGACAGACAUAACAAAAAUUGGAAGGGGAACAGGAACCGAAUCCAAACUCAUUUGAUUUCAGACUACAAAACAAAACAAGACGAUUCUUAUUCAAAAACGAGAAACUUUUACAUACUGGAUAACAAAAAUAAAAACACAAAAACCAAAAAAAAAAAAACAACAAUACAAAAACCACGAAAAAUAAUACCAACAUUAUUAAACACACAAGCAACCAAUUAAUUAAAUAUACUAAUAACAGCGUCUUUAAAAGUAACUACUGUAUUAUUAUUCGGCUAAACAAAAUAAGAAACGAAAACCAAAACCAAAACCAGACCAAAAAUCAAAUUGAUUCCAAAUGCCGAAACUGAUGACGAAACCAAAAAAAAACAAAUAACAACUAAGCAACAUCACAAAUCCAUAGAUUUCUAAAUUAACUUUCGAUGUGCGAAUGAUCAAUCAAACAACAUUCAAAACAAAAAUACACAACACAACAACAACAACAACACGGAGCAAAACUUAGGAACGAAUGUUGCGAGUCAAUCAAUAGUCCACUGAUCAUCGAUUGAAAAUCCGUCAAAACAGAGGCGCCCUUGCCACCGACCGCGAGUUGCAUAACAGAAUAAUAGAAAAAAAGAGCCACACGGAGAUCCUUACAGACACAGAGAGAGAGAGAGAGAGAGAGAGAUAGAGAGAGGAGAGUGCAAGAAAGAAAAAGAGAGCCUAGCAGGAAGGAAGAGGAGCUAAACAAAUAGGGCUACCAAAAUGCAUAUUGAAAUUCAAGUGGCUUUGAAUUUCGUUAUUUCCUAUCUCUAUAAUAAAUUGCCGCGAAGGCGUGUCAAUAUAUUUGGCGAAGAGUUGGAAAAGGCUCUGCGUGAUAAAUUCCGAGGACAUUGGUAUCCAGAAAAACCAUUUAAGGGUUCGGCUUAUCGAUGCCUCAAAACUGGGGAUCCAAUUGAUUCAGUGCUAGAACGUGCUGCACGUGAAAGUGGAGUACCAAUCAGUGAUAUAUUAGAGAAUCUGCCGAGUGAGCUUUCAGUGUGGGUAGAUCCCGGUGAGGUGUCAUUUCGCAUUGGUGAAAAGGGAGCCGUAAAGAUUUUGUAUACAGAAAACAAUGAUAACCAAGAGGAUAGCCAUUCGGCGGAUCGUGAAGUUACUAAGACUUUUAAUCCGGAGGCGCAAUGUUUUCGUCCCAUCGAUGCGGUCAAUACAACAAUGAACCAAUUGAGCCUGAGCCCCAAAUCUUUGCCAUUGCCAAUGUCAAAUCAAUCGAUGGGCGGCUCUGCAGCCGUUUCGUCGCCACAUUCGGCUGCAUCAUCGGCAUCGCCAACUUAUCAGAAGGGCAGUCCGAAUCCAAAUCCCAAUCUGAAUGCAAAUGCAACGGCUGGUGGCUCUGGAGCCAGUUCAUCUGCUGCCACCGCUGCCUUUAUGCAGCGUGCUGCCGCUCAGGCCCCAUUGACUUUCACGACAGCAACAUUUGCUCAAACUAAAUUUGGUAGCACCAAAUUGAAGACCAAUUCGAAGCGUACCAACAACAGCGCUUAUCGCAUGUCGCCCACUGAGUUCUCCAAUUACAUUAAACAGCGCGCCAUUCAACAGCAGCAACUCCAUGGCCAUGGCCUUGUGCCCUCACCGUCGGCGGCGUCCACUUAUGGCACCUUGGAUGCUGCCAAUGCUGCCGUCUCACCGGCCCGUUCCCUGUCGCCCAAUCCUCUGGUGGCGGCUGCUGCGGCCGCAGCUGCUGCUGCCGGCGCUGCAGCUGCUGCCGCGGCAGAUCAAUUCUAUUAUGGCCCAACGAUGGGACAAUUGUAUCCACAAUUUAAUGCUGCCAGUGUUCAACAGCAGCAGCAGCAACAGCAACAACAGCAGCAACAACAACACCAGCAGCAACGUUCGCCCCUUUUCGAUGCUCAUUUUCAGGCAGAAGCCGCCGCCGCCGCCGCUGCCGCUGCCGGUCUGGGAUUGUUUGCAAAUAAUGCCAAGUAUAGUACUUAUCUAGAGCCAUGCUAUUUCGCUAAUAAUGCUGCUGCUGCUGCCGCCGCCAGCGGCCUGCUCCAACAGCAGCAGCAGCAGCAACAACAGCAACAGCAACAGAACGAACAACAGACGAGUGGCGUUGGCGUUGGCGACAAUUGCUAUGGACUUGUCGAUACGGAUUGCAAUAAUAUUGUUGUUGGACCCAAUGGUGUCGCCGUGGCGAUUGAACAGGAGGUGAUGAUGGCCGCCGCUGCCGCUGCAGCCGCCGCCGCUGCAGCUGCUGCGGCAGCCAAUGAAUCUAGCCAAAUAGUUGUCACAUCUAUGGGUGGUGACUCAUCUAAUGAAUCUAGUCCCAUUGCCACACCCAUUGGGGCUUCUUCUGGUAAUGGCAAUGGUCAUCAAUCGCAGCAGCAGCAGCAACAGCAGCAACAACAACAACAAGAGCAAGAAUCUUCAACUACAUCAGCUAAUAGCAAACUAAUUGACGGCAUCAAUUCAUUCUAUGGCACUGGAUCGUCAUAUCAGCAGCUGUUGGUGGCUAACUAGGCAUCCCAUUGAUCCCAUUGUUAAAUCGUUUUCGUUUGAUUAGAAUUAAUUCUCCUGUUUUUCCAUGCAAAAUUCCAAGACAUCAACAGCCAUAAUAAUGGAUGAAUGACAAACAAAAAAAAAAACAAAAGGCUCCAGGAAAAAUGCAUAAGCAUAAUGAUCAAGGAAUUGCUGGAAAGUAUAAAAACACAAAAAACUAAACAAAAAAAAAACUUUAAAAAAACAAUGCAUAGAAGCAUUAGAGGCAAUACAAUCAACCAGAUGAUAUAAUGAUA